GUACUGGUGGUAGUCUCAUUUCAAUAAUCAACGAAACAACAUUUUAGAUAAUAAUAUUUAUAAGUUAAGUUUUAAAAAAUGUUACAAUCAUUGCGAGAACGAUCUCAGAAACGAAAGAAAUUACUAGCCCAAACGUUGGGGGUUUCGAGUGUUGAUGAAUUACGUCAAAUUUUGGGAACGGAAAUCGAUGAAACGCAGAAGAAAAAAAUUAGAGUGGCUUCGAGUAAAACUGAAAAUGAAGCAAAGGAGAGACAGAAUAGUACAGUUGUGACGGACGAAAUAGUUUAUAAGGAUUCGUCGACGUUUUUAAAAGGGACGCAGUCAUCGAAUCCACAUAAUGACUAUUGUCAGCAUUUUAUCGAUACGGGUCAACGGCCUCAGAAUUUUAUAAGAGACGUUGGGUUGGCAGACAGAUUUGAAGAAUACCCGAAGCUUCGAGAGCUUAUAAAAUUAAAGGAUGAUUUAAUUUCAGAAACAGCUACGCCGCCUAUGUAUUUAAAAACCGACUUAUUUACGUAUAAUUUAAAAGACUUGAAUUGUAAAUUUGAUGUGAUUCUUAUUGAACCGCCGUUAGAAGAGUAUCAAAGGACUUGUGGUGCUACAAAUGUACAACUGUGGAAUUGGGAUCAGAUUAUGGAAUUAGAUAUUGGUGAAGCGUCUGCGAGUCGAAGCUUUGUAUUUUUGUGGUGUGGUAGUAGUGAUGGAUUGGAUAUGGGAAGAUUCUGUUUGAGGAAGUGGGGUUUUAGACGUUGUGAAGACAUUUGUUGGAUUCGGACAAAUAUAAAUAAUCCUGGACAUAGUAAAAAUUUAGAUAGUAAAGCGGUACUUCAGAGAACUAAAGAGCAUUGUUUAAUGGGUAUUAAGGGGACUGUAAGGCGUUCGACGGAUGGAGAUUUUAUUCACGCCAAUGUUGAUAUUGAUUUAAUUAUUUCUGAAGAACCUGAGUAUGGUUCUAUUGAGAAGCCUGUAGAAAUAUUUCAUAUUAUUGAGCAUUUCUGUCUUGGUAGAAGACGCUUACACCUUUUUGGUAGAGACACCACUAUUAGACCCGGAUGGCUUACAGUUGGUCCAGAACUAACUAAUACCAAUUUUAAUACCGACAUUUACAAUAGUUACUUUACUAGUAAUCAAGUUACUACUGGUUGUACAGAACGAAUAGAAGCUCUCAGACCAAAAUCUCCACCUCCCAAGGGUAAAGUUUCUGGCAGAGGCAGAGGUGGUUUUAAUCGGGGAAGGGGACGCGGAAGAUGAAAUAGAGUGACGUACAUUACAAAGUUCAAUAAAUAUCUGUUACAUUAUAGACUACUAUAUUAAAAAAAAAAAUAUAGUAAAUUCAACAUACACGAG